AUGGAGACGAUCAUGAACCUCUCUGAGGCCCAGCAUGUCACGCUUGAGAAGCUCACGGCGUUAGUCGGGCACGAUCGAGUGGAUCUAAUAGCGUUUCAAGGCCCGGACGCUCUUCGUGCACGUCCCGAGGCUUUUUCGAACUUUGAGUGCAGGUUGGUUGAUCUGACAGGUCCAUGA